AUGUCUGCUUGCCGUCGUUUCACCGAUAGUUGUACAGCAAGGCGGAACACCCUGAAGCGUGCAAUUCAGAGGUCCGAAAAAGGGGCCGACGGAAGAAAUUAUACCGAGGUUGCUGUUGAAAGAUUGAGUGACGUUGAUGCCAAACCCACCAAAUGUAGUGUCUUCAGCAGAUUCACAUCCACAGAGGAAACUCCAAACACCAUACAACACAAUCCGGCAUCCAAAAAUGUACUACAACAAACGGAUGGAGUCAGAACAACCUGCAUCAAAGCGCAAGCUCACGCUACUUUAGCGAAGGCUACGGUACACUUAAAGGCCUCGUUUAGCCUAACGGUGUCGGGUCCAGACUUCACCCCGGAGCUUGAGGAAGUUCUCAUAAAUGUGCACAUGAUCCAUUUUGAAUCAGCGUAUGCUUCCGGAUUCAGCUCAGUUUCUCUGGAGCUGUGUGUUCAACCAGAUGCGGUCCCGAGUUUCUAUGUGAACCGUUUGCCUUUCAACACACAGGCAGCCAAAUGUGACUCUAGUGCCCAACUAGAAGACCAACUGCGUGCUAGAUUCAUUGCUAAUAUUCAACUGCCCGAAUUACAGCAGAAGCUGCUGCUCUAUCCAGAUAAAAAGAUUUUCAAACUGUUCGGAAAAUAUAAUUAUACCCCGACGUACACCGUUGCAACGCUGUACACAGACUCCAUAGACACCAUAUUCGAACUUUACGAGCUGUGUAUCCACACACACAAUUCAGGUCAUAUUCCAUCGGGUUCACACCGUGUACAGGGCGCUCAGAUGGAGCAUUGUAGCAUUACCCAUCACGCGAUGGUGUCCAUCGGCGUAGUUGGACGUGACAGACCAAUCGGCAGACGCCAGUCAGUCAUACAUAUCAGUAACUCGACCACUGCGAGUUGCUGUGUAGGUAGACUGUUGGACAGAUGUCUACGGGUAUCCGGUGGCUACGUCCCACGCCUGACAGACAAGAUGACACCACUUUGA